UUGAAUGAGGUGUAUUUUGGCACAACCAAAAAUAUUGUGGACUCCCUUCGCUCCUUGGUUCCUGCGUCUGAGGAGGAAAAAAGACGCCGUCUGGUCCAAGAGGUACAUUCAGCCAUACAGCAUAAAGCUCAGACAUGA